AUGAACGUAGAAUGCGUGGCAGGCCGUUGUUCGUCCAACACGAACUGCAGUAACCAGAGGUUUCAGGAGGGCUCGUCGGUGUCGCUUUCUUUGUCAAUCUGUGGUCAAAAAGGGAUCGGCCUGAUUGCGGAUCAACUAAUUGAAAAAGACUCGUUCAUCAUCGAGUACACAGGGGAAGCAAUUCCUCGUGGGGACUACUAUCAGCAAUACGCGAAUCGACCUGGUACCCGAAACUAUUAUGGCGUACAGUCGAACACAAGAGAGAUCAUCGAUGCUACGCAGUAG